AUGUCCGUGUACAUCCAGCUGACGCACGACUUGUCGGGGACGGUGACCGCCGUGACGAUCGGGGACUGGAUUUUGGGAAUACUAAAACAGAAAAAUAUCCAGGAGUACGAAGUUUUCUUUAAGAAGUUUCUGAACAUUUACCAGAAGCAGGACAAGGAUUCCGAAAGCAACAACCGUUCUGAAAUAUUCUCCCUCCUCUUAUCGGCCAGCGACUUGGUCUUCGAAACCCUAGUGGAGACAAAGAAAAAUAACAAAAUAAAGGUUAUAAUUGAUAAUAAGGAAAUUGUAAAAACGUAUAAUGAAUUUUACAGAGAGGUGGAAGAAUACUUCGUAAUCCUCAUUUCCAUUUUGCAGUUAGAAUUUAAGAGCGUUGAGGAUUUAAACAAUGCUACGAAUAACUUUAUCAUGGCUAUAAAGAACUUUAACGUAUUCCCAGAGCUGCGUUUAAAAAUAUUGCAGCUUCUUUAUAACUCUUUCAGUGUGAAUUUCUCCUUCAGAUUUCCAACCUUCAUUGCCAUUCUACAGUUUUCUUCACAAAACAAUAUCUUCCAUUUUAUGCUUCCUUAUAUAAAAUUUAUCGAUGAGUGGAUUAAAGAAUGGAAUAUCAGCUCCAGAGAAAAGAGGCAAAUUUAUCUGAUCAUUGCUCAGGAACUAAAGAAGCUAAAAAAGUAUGAGGAGUCCUUUAAACAUUUAAAUAAACACGUGUACUACUUUCAGAAAGAAGCACCAGAAGUAUUGAAUCAUCCAACCACCGUAAAUGCUACUAUUGAACUCAUUGCAGAUGCUAUUAACCUAAACAACAACAUUUACUUCCAUCAACUAUUAACCCUAGAUGCUGUUCAGAACUUACAAAAUAUUGAAGAACAUAAACCCAUUUUCCACCUACUAAACAUAUUUUACCAAUACAGCAUCCAUGAAUUUCUAGCCUUUAAAAAUAACUACGGUGAAGAAUUAUUCACCAAAUACAACAUCGACCUCCAAGUAGCGGAAAAUAAAAUCUACCUUCUCUCCAUUAUUUCCCUUUUUAAAGACACCAAAGUGCAAAACAUUCAGUACAUCUCAGAAGAACUCAACAUCAGUGCGCUGAAGAUUGAACAAAUUCUUGUCGCUGCUAUUGGAAGUGGAGUUAUUGAUGCGAAGAUUGACCAGAUAAAUAAAAGCGUCCAAAUGAAGACCACCAUUUUAAGGCACUUUGACGAGGCCCACUGGGAAAUCCUCAAUGCACAAAUUAACAAGUAUAUUAAUAAUGUGCAGAAAAUCCUGGACAUUACUACGUCGCGCUCCAGACCCAUGCAGGGAAAAUAG